AUGUAUCUGAUUAUCCUGACUGCGCUGAUCGGGUGCACCAUCACCCAGGCUAUCUACCGGCUCUAUUUCCACCCACUACACACGUUUCCAGGCCCGAAAAUAGCAGCAGCAACGUUUCUAUACCAAUUCUUCUAUGACGCAGUCCUUGGGGGCCGGUAUAUUUGGGAAGUUGAGAAAAUGCAUGAGAAAUAUGGCCCUAUUGUGCGCAUCAACCCCCGCGACCUGCACAUCAAAGACUCACACUACUUUGACACCAUCUACCGCAUCCCUAAGCAGGAGAAGGAUGCCCCCUCAGCGGCUAUCUUCAUGUCACCAUACUCAAUGAUCUCCACCAUUUCUCAUAAUCAGCACCGCACCCGACGGGCGAUGCUUAAUAACUUCUUCUCUAAGCAGGCAGUCGUCAAGCUAGAGCCUCGUAUCCAGGCCCAGGUGAACAAGCUCAUAGAACGGCUCGAGAUAGCAUCCCGUCAACCAGGAAACACACCGGUGCGUGUCCACGACGCCUUUGCAGACCUCACCAUCGACGUGAUCACAGAGUACACAUAUGGCGAGAGCAUGGGCUGUCUCGAUGACCCGGACGAGACCAACAGCAUGAGCGAGGCUGUUGAGGGGUUCGGCGUGCUUGUCCAUCUCAUGUGGUUUCUCCCAGGUCUUGUGAAGUUGUUCCGGGCCACCCCGUUGUCGGUUAUUGAGCGAUUUCAGCCUAAGGCAGCCAAACUAUUUGGCGUGAAGCGCAUGAUCAGCAACAGGUCCAUUGCUAUCCUGCAGAAGAAGACGCCUGGUGAUGAUUCUAAUGAAGAUAAGCCACCGCAGACUGUUUUUGAAGCCCUAACUGCUCCCUCUGUUCCUGCCGAAGAGAAAACCCUACCCCGGCUAGAGGAUGAGUCGUUUGUUGUCUUGAUUGCUGGGAUGGGCACCACAAUGAAGGUUCUGACGCUAGGAGCAUUGCAUCUCGCCCAUAAUAAGGCUCUAGCUAGAACCCUGCGCGAGGAGCUUAGGCAGGUAAUGCCCGAGCCAAGCAGCAGGCCGUCUUGUGCCCAGCUUGAGAAGCUACCAUAUCUAACUGGCGUCAUUAAUGAGUCUCUUCGCCUCUCUCAUCCGCUCCUCUUUCGCAUGGCGCGAGUGUCGCCAGUUGACCCGCUAGUCUAUGGCAAAUACGUGAUUCCCCCGGGGACGCCUAUCAGUGAAUCUUCAUAUUUUGUGCACAUGGACCCCUCUCUCUUCCCCGACCCAGACUCAUUCGAUCCAGACCGCUGGAUUCGUGCCUCAGAACAGGGUUUUUCCCUGACUAGUUUCCUGGUUCCCUUCUCCAAGGGCAGUCGACAGUGUCUAGGCAUUAAGUGGGUUCAUUCCGAAACCCUAUAUGAGAAUAAAUGCUUAUCAUAUAGUCUCGCAUAUGCUGAGUUGUAUCUCACAUUUGCGGCUGUGUUUCGCCGGUUCGACCUCGACCUGGUUGAGACCUCAAUUGGAGACCUGCGCAUCACUCGCGAUCUGGGGGGUGGAUUUCCAGAGAACAAGAAGUUUCAAGUGUUUGCAAGUGUGAGGGAGGUAUCAUAG